GACCCAGUACGAAGAAACAGCUGCAAUGAACCUAGCUGUGGUCCUGGUGCUCUGUGUCUGCUGUGUGCUUCUCCUUUCACUGUGGAAGCAAAGCUCUGGAAAAGGGAACCUUCCGCCUGGCCCCACUCCUCUUCCAAUCAUUGGAAAUAUUUUCCAGUUAGAUGUGAGGAACAUCACCAAAUCCCUGAGCAGUCUCGCCAAAGUCUACGGCCCGGUGUUCACGGUGUACCUGGGCCCGCAGCGCACCGUGGUGCUGCACGGGUACGAGGCCGUGAAGGAAGCCCUGGUCGAGCGGGCGGAAGAGUUUUCCGCGAGAGGCUCGUUCCCAGUGGCUGAAAUAACGAACAAGGGACUUGGAAUCCUGUUCAGCAAUGGAAAGAGCUGGAAGGAGAUCCGGCGCUUCACCCUCACGACCCUGCGGAACCUGGGGAUGGGAAAGAGCAGCCUUGAGGCCCGCGUUCAGGAGGAAGCCCACCACCUUGUGGAGGAGUUGAGGAAAACCAAUGGCUGAUGCCACUUGGAGGGGAGUGCUCUACACAAGAAAGAUGGCAUCUGCCAUGUUGGAGAAUGACUGCACAGGGAUCCUGGAGGCUGCUCCUUCAGCUCUCUCCCCAGAGC